GAAAUCAUAUGAUUGUCAACGUCGUUCCGCAUCUGCAUGUCACUUGUUCUCUCAAGCCGUUGUUUGGACGCCGUCGUCCGUCGCUUGUUCAUUCAUUGAGUUUUACGCUUUCCUUGUUGACUGUGGGCUUGAGAGAAAAUCAACGGCGACAUGGACGACCGUCCGAAACGUAAACGCAAAAACUGGAGUGAAGCGGAUGAAAUUCGCCUGUUAGGAAUCUGGGAAGAAAGCGUGAAGGAGCUGAAGAGGUAUCGAAGAAAUUCGCAUGUCUAUGCGCGUAUGGCUGCCAACUUUCCCGACCACACUGCCGGCGAAGUGCACAUAAAAAUAAGCAAUUUUACUCAGAAAUACAGGAGCGAAAAAAAGAAUUGCGAGGGACCUGAUGCGACUCCUUCGUCCUGGAAGUACUAUGCAAUAGUGGAUCGAAUUCUCGGUCCUAUGACCAAUGGGGAGAAAUCAGAAACUCCUGAGGACGCGGAGGAUGGAGAAAAUAGUGAUUUCGAAGAGCUUCCCGAAGGAUUCACUUUCAAAGAGGAAGUAGACAGUGAGAUGGCCUCCAACUCAUCGCAAUCUCCACCGCAUUUCCCGCAAACCAUUCUCUCGCAUCCCCUGGAAGCCGCUAUUCCUGCUCUACGUAUUCCGCUUUUCAUUCCUCCAUCUCUCUCAGGAUCUCAAGACAGUCCGGCAUCGUCGCCUACUGAAACCACCGCACAAGCUGGAACAAAAGGCAAUCGAACUAGAGCCACACUCCAAAAGGAGGCCUUGAAGAUCGCACGAGAAAACCAAGAGCUCUUGCGACAACAAAUCGCAUUUUCACGAGAAGCAAUCAGAGAGCAAUUCACCAUGAUCGCACACUCCAUUGAAUUGAUCAAGGAGAGCACGGAGAACAGUAGGAUCUUUGCCGCAAAAAUUUGUGAAAUAUCCGAACGACAGCUGGAGCUGGAAAGUACGUUCAUGGGUUUCAUGAAGGAAAUUCUAUCGAAAAAGAUGAAGCGGAAACGAAAAGUAAAAGGCCGACUUGCGCGAUAAACGGAAUGUUUGGGGGCACGCGGUAUCAGUUAUAAGGAAGGGAAGUUUACAUUUUGUAUUGUAUUAUUUGAGUGAUGUUCCUCCGGAGAAAGUAUUUUAGUCUAAAUAAAUUUUAAUCGCUUGUAUGGGAUUUGAUCGGAGGAAGUCCAGUAAUUUCACAAUUAUUUCGUUGAAAGAUUUUGUGAGUGGAAAGCAUUUUUUAAUUCGAAAAUAAAAACAUUCCUAGGAAGAAA